AUGCCCCCCAUAAGGGAUCUUUUGCCAGGUUUCGAGUUUGAAAAGAUCCUCAAUUCGGAUCCACAGACAAAGUCUAUUGUAUUGCUUGGAAAAAUUGAUGAACAAAACGCAAUCGUAUCAUUAGAGAAGUCACAUUUCCAAUUCAACGAUCUCCAACUAAAUUCACUCUUUGAAUCCGAUAAUGGUGUCAUUGGCCAGCGGAUCAGAGACAUAAACAUAAAUGACGUCUAUCAUUGGGGAAUGUGUCUUGUGGACCAAGACUUAGAAACGGCUCCUUCUGCAAAGAUCAACGUAAUUUACCCUGCAACUGAAACGCACUUGAAAAAGUACGCUGCCCAGCAGUACCACUUGAUAAAAGAAACUCCAGAAGCAUAUCAACGAAUUGUGGAGCCUUACAUUAAAACAAUGAAGGGAGAUCGUAUCCAGUGGGUUCGUAACAUCCUCUUCAACAACUACGAAGCUGAUAAAAUCCUACUUAGAGAUCCUGAUCCAAAAACUGGAUUCGUUGUAUUACCGGACAUGAAAUGGGAUGGGGAUACGUUAGACUCUCUAUACUGUGUUUGCAUAGUUAACAGGGGAGAUAUUUCUUCUGUCAGAGAUCUAAAUCAUUCCCAUGUUCCUUGGCUCAAAGAACUGAACACAUCCCUCCGACAAACAAUCUCUAAACGAUACAACAUUCCAAGAACCCAGUUGAGACUUUUUGUCCACUACCAGCCAUCAUAUUAUCACUUCCAUAUUCACAUUGUGAACAUUAGACAUCCAGGGUUGGGAGACAGUAUUGCUGCAGGGAAGGCAAUUUUACUAGAAGAUAUCAUUGAAAAUUUGGACUCAGGCGAAUCUAAAAGCUACGUUUCCAAGACUCUUCACUAUGUACUCGGAGAAAACCAUAAUUUGUGGAAUUUGGGUCUGAAGGACCAUACUGUUUGA